UUCAAUUAUUUAUAAAUAAAAUAAUUUAAAUGACACGUAUAAUAUAUUUUAUGUAAUGUAAUUGAGUUUUAUUAAAAGAAGAUAAAUGUGCAAACUGUGAAUAAACACUUUUUCUUUUUGUUGUUUUGGAUUGAAAUUAAAAUGGAAGGAGGUUCACGGAGCAAGUUCAAAAGGGUGUGUGUUUUCUGUGGAAGUAAUCCUGGUAAUAGAGAUGUUUUCAGUGUUGCUGCUACUCUGUUGGGAGAUGAAAUGGUUAAUAGGAAGAUAGACUUGGUAUAUGGUGGUGGAAGUGUUGGUUUAAUGGGGAUGAUAUCUCAAAGAGUUUUUGAUGGAGGCUGUCAUGUUCUUGGGGUUAUACCUAAAGCUCUUGUACCUCUUGAGAUUUCUGGAGAACCUGUUGGAGAGGUACUUAUAGUUUCAGAUAUGCAUGAAAGGAAAGCGGAAAUGGCUAGACAAGCUGAUGCCUUUAUUGCACUUCCUGGAGGUUAUGGAACCAUGGAGGAAGUAUUAGAGAUGAUCACAUGGUCGCAGCUUGGAAUUCAUAAGAAACCUGUUGGCCUCCUAAAUAUUGAUGGGUAUUAUAACAAUUUGCUUGCAUUAUUUGACAAUGGAGUCAAGGAAGGUUUCAUCAAGCCAGGUGCUAGGGACAUUGUUUUAUCGGCUUCAAAUGCUUUAGAUUUACUUAAAAAGAUGGAGCAAUAUACACCUGAGCAUGAGCAUGUCGCACCUCACGAGAGCUGGCAAGUGGGGCAAAUGGAACAACUCGGAAACUAUCCAAGAAAGGAAGGAUAAUCCAAAUUUAUUUAAUUCCAUUGUGGUGCCAUUUUCACAUUGGUUCCUUAAAUUUGCAGAUUGAAGAUUGAAUUUGUGUGCUUAAACUAUGCUUAGUGAGUUAAUGUUUAAUGUCCUCUUUUUAUUUAGUGUGUGUUUGGUUGUAAUAGAGUUGAUAGGAACAAUCAAUUUCUGUGUGAUUCAUUGUUAUAUGCGUUGUUCAUCUUUCGAACAGCCAAAAUCACAUAAUAGAAAAAAAGGGUCAAUGUUGACCAUCUUCUUGGUGAACACAUUUUUUUAAGAAAUUGGACUGUAUGUUGUUAUCUA